AUGUCCAAUAAACAACCGCCGAGUCCUGCGGACAGUGCUCGCACACUGGCCCGUCCGCCGAACCCUCGACGAGUCCGUCGACGAAAUAAUUCAUCGGUUUCGUCGACGAAUUAUCGCCGGACCUUCAACAACUCGAAUCAUUACAAAAACAACUACUCCGAUUACAACGGAAAUUACAACUACACGGAGAAAAGUAACGAAGGAUAUAGGAAUUAUAACAAGGACAAUGAAAGCUAUCAUCGCAACAAUGGAUACUACAAUAACAACAGGAAAACGGUCGGUUUAAUUAUUUUUUUUUGAUUUUGUGGAUUUAUUGAAGUGUGAUUUGAAAAUAUUCCGUAUUUUUAAGGAGUAUCGGAUAUAAAAAUCGAUUUUUUAUUGUUGCAAAACAAUUUGGGAGGAUUUUUGGUGAGGCGACAUUUUAUACGAAAAAUUAAAUUUUCGUAUAAAAUGUCACCCUUCGCAAAAAACGAUUAUAAUUAGUAAAAAUUAGUUUCAGAAGGUCCACAAUAUUUGUGUGAGUGGAAUUUUAUACGAUGAAAUGUUUUUGAAAUUUAAAAUGAAAAUUUUUUAAUAAUUCUGCGACAAUUUCGUCAUGAUGACGAAUUUUUGCGAAAUUUGACAAACUUUUGUCCCCACAACAUGUUCAACACUAUGUUGGACAAAUACAUUUCACAAGUUUCCACAAAGUCUUUGUUGGUAAACAGUAGCCGGUCUAUUUGCACGAACUCCUUAAAGGCGCGUGAAGAAUGUAGUAAAUGUUUGAUUGUUUAGUCAUUUGUUUGCAAUACCCAACUUUUUCUUGAUUACCCGUUGUGAGGACAUAUUUGCGGGUUCAAUUCGGUCGAUUUCCCAGAGGGCUGCAAUGGAAUUAUAAGGAAAAAAUAUGUUUUUUUGUAGAAAAAGUUGGCUGCAGGAAGGGUUGUUUGGGACGAAAAAAACAGCCGAAAGUAGAUCAAAAAGAGCUUGGAUUUGGUAUCAAAAAGUAUCACAGAGACGUAAAAAGGAUACUAGUCCGUUUGCAAAGUCGCUGGAGUGAUCUCUGCGACAUGCACUGUGAGAAAACAUAAGUUCACUUUUCACUGUACAAUUUCUUGGUUUUUGCACCAUGCAAUAGGUUUUUUCGGCUGCCACUCGAACCCUGAUUUUUAUUGCACAGUUCAUGUUGCAGAAAUCACACCAGCGACUUGUACUGUGCAGAAAAAAUCAGGGUGCGAGCGACAGCCCGAAAAGCCUAUUGCACGGUGCGAAAAGCAAGAAAUUGCACAGUGCAAAGUGUGCUUUUGUUUUCGCACAGUGGACGUCGCAGAAAUCACUCCAGCGACUUUGCGAACGGACUAAUAUUCUCUUUACGUCUCUGCGAUACUUUUUGAUACCAAAUUCAAGCUCUUUUUGAUCUACUUUCGGCUGUUUUUUCGUUUCAAGCAAUCCUUCCUGCAACUAACUCUUUCCACAAAAAACAUAUUUUUUCCUUAUAAUUCCUUUGCAUCCCUUUGGGAAAUCGACCGAAUUGAACCCGCAAAUACGUCCUCACAACGGGUAAUCAUGAAAAACUUGGGUAUUUGAUCUGAAGAAAGCAGCUUCAGGCUCUGCGAUUCUGUUUGGGACCAAAUUCGGGCUCAUUUUGAUCUCUUUUUCGAUCACUUUGUAUGCCGAAGCAGUCGCAUCCGAAAUCCCCCUUUGGUACAUCUGUUUUUGGGGACUCCCCGACCUUGUGCAUUCCCAUCGCGAGUUCAAAAACCCAAAGAUCGCAGAGGGACCCGUCUCCCAAUCCAUUACUCCGAACCCCCUCCCGAUCAUCCCCUAAGGGCAUCAACAGUAAUGAUUACUGUUUACAAGCUUGAUUAUAAUCCCUUCCGGCGCUGUGAUGCAAUCCCGCUUUUGCUGACGUCGCCACCCUCCGAUUUCAGCCGGGAUUUGAAUAUUUUUUCGCGAUUUUUUGGGAGGGAGCGGCCGGCGGGCCGUAAAGCCCUCCCGGAAUGGGAUUUUUUGAGGGGAAAAAGAAAGGAAAUUUGGGGAAUAGCGCAUUAAGGCGUGAUGGAGGUGUUGGAGGGUGUUUUAAAUAUUGAGCAGAUGUCUGGGAAGGAAAAAUGGACUUUAUUUUAUAUUGUACAUGAGGGUUGAGCAAAUUUUUUCAAUUUUUUGCGUUAACUUUGAUUAAACUUGGAGUGAAGUUAGAUUAGAAGUUUUGAAGGUAUUUGAAGGAUUUUUAGCUUGUUUUUAAGGGGAUUACCGAGAUUUUUUAUAAAAAUAAUUCGAAAUUUUUUGCCGUUUUAAGGCUGAAAAGUUAUUAUUUUGUUUGAAAUGAGGAGUUCAAAGUUUAAAUAAAUUUUGUCUUUCCCAAUUCUAACAAAAUAUCAAUUUUUCACCCCAAAAAUUUCAAAAUUUUCGACAUUUUUUGACCUAAAACUCGAGGUAAAAGUCUCGCAUACAGUAUGUCUUCAAAAAUUCUAAUCUUAAUUUUCCCCCAAAUUUCAACAAAAUCGGCGUCGUUUUCUUUCGAAAAUUCCAUCGAAAUGUCAUCUCUUGCAGAUUUUAAUUAUCAUUUUUUUCCGAACCAGUCAUGGCAUUCAAAAAAUUUCAUUUCCGAUGAUUGAACAUAUGAUUUUAAUUACAAUUCUGUUCUCAUCGAUCUUUUUGAGCCAAACAGUUAUUCAGCCGUUUGUAAUGCCGUUCCUCUUGCAUCAGCGGGAUGAACAAUCAUAUUGUUCAUGAGACUUAUCAUCAAGAACACAAAAAUCGAUUGUUUUCGGGGGAUUUAUCAUCCUUGGUUUGUUUGACCGAAAGCUGUUUGAUUUUUUGCUGUCCCUCAGGGCUUAAUGGGGAUAUUAAGCGAGCACGUUGCAUUUAUGGGUUUCUGGGAGGCCAUUAUUGGAAUUAUUGAAGGAAAAAAAUAAAUAGAAAAAAAAAUAUCAGACUAGGUGGGCGAUUAUGAGAGAAAUCUUUAGUGUUUGGGCUAUUGAUGAAACUUGGAGCGAAUUUAGAUUAGAAUUUUUAAGACAUAGUUAUGCGAGAUUUUUGGCCCGCGCUUUGCAGAAGUCAUCGAGAUUUUUAGGUCGAAAAAUGACUAAAAUUUGAAUUUUUAGGAUCUUUAAGGCUGAAAAUUUUAUGAUUUUCGUAGAAAUAGCACCAGAUGGAGGUGCUGGAGGGUGUUUUAAAUAUUGAGGAGAUGUCUGGGAAGGAAAAAUGGACUUUAUUUUAUAUUGUACAUGAGGGUUGAGAAAAUUUUUUCAAUUUUUUGUGGGUUAGUUUUGAUUAAACUUGUGAAUUAAAGUUUUAGAAGGGAUCUGCUGGAUUUUAGCUUAUGAUUUGACGGAAUUACCGAUAUUUUUAGGUCAAAAAAUUUCGAAAAUUCGAAAUUUUUUGCCUUUUUUUUUGGGCUGAAAAGUUGUCAUUUUGUUUGAAAUCAGCAGUUCAAUUUUUAUGUAAUUAUUUCUCUGCCCAUUUCGAACAAGAUCUCAAUUUUUCACUCUGAAAAUCGCAAAAAAUCUUGAAUUUUUGCCAUUUUUCGAUAUAAAAAUCUCGAUGGUUUCUGCAUAGAGCAAGCUAGAAAUCUCGCGUAUGUCAUAAAAAAUCUUAAUCUUUAUUCAUGUCAUGUAUCAUCAAGGGUUUGCGUGUUGUACUCUAGAUUCCGGGAUUUUCAUAGUUUUAGAGAAUUAAUUCUGAUGGUACUCCCGUUUCCCCCCAUUGAUUACGCAUUCCCAUAUGAUAGCAGCAUUCGAAAUGGCGGCAGAUAAUCCCAGCAUCUCUAAUCUGCCUCCGAAAAUAAAGUCGUUAAUCAUUUUUCGGAGUAAUCCGAAAAUAUUUUCCCCCCAAUUUUCCGCUGCAAAGACUGCGAAACAAACAAUGCCUGAGGCAAUUAGGGCCCAUUAAACAUCUCGUCUUUGACCUUAAACGGCCAAAUUAUUCACCUUGAUCAGCAAUUCAAAAAAAAAAAAUAUUUUUUCAAUCGAUUUUCGAACGGCGUUCGAUUCAGAGGGGAACGGAGACUUGUGUGGGUGAGAUUGGCCAAGAAUUUGCAUUUGAAAACAAUUUUGAAUCGUUGCGAACGGGGAAGAGGCGAUUGAAAAGGGGGAAUCAACGUGGAAAUUGGGAAUUUUGAGCAGUUUAAAGGUCGGAAAUUCGAUUUUUAUGGACGUUUUGACACUUUUUGAUUAUUUUUUUAGUCAAUUUUUUUUCUCGGAAUUUCAAAUGACUUUCGUUCAGUUUUUUACAUUUUUUUUAUGAUUUUCCGCAGAUAGGAAAUUCCCCAAAUUUCAACGAAAUUCCCAUUCCCAUUUUAAUUUCGCUUUUUGUUUGUUCGAAAACUUGCAAUCCAGCCUUAUCGGCGGUCGUUAUAAACCGAUUGUACUGCUUUGUUUAUGCUGCAUUAGAUAAGGGGGUUUCAAAGUGGAGCCACGGAGGUCCCGAUAAGACGGAAUUUAGACUUUUUAUUGCUGAAAAGGGAAGGAGUUGCUGCAUUUGCUGGGGGUGAUCAAAAGAUUAAUUGGAAGUAAAUUGAGACAUAAAAUCGAGAUUUUUUGAUUUUUUUCUUGGGAAAUCCACUUUAAAUUCAUGUAAUUUAUCAUGAAAAUUCUUUAUUUUUACUAAUUUUGACUUAAAAAUAAAAAAGUCAAAAAAUUCUGCAUAACGCGAUUUAAUUUUUUUUCAAAAAAGGUAUCCAAAAGUAUCCAAAAAAUGUCGAAAAAAAAUAAUUGCGUCAUUCUGUUGCAAUUCCAAAUUUGGCUCCCAUAAAAAGCGUUUAAUUUUAGCCGAAAAUUGCGUGACUUUAUGUCCAAAAAAACACAAAUGGCAUCGGAAUUUAUAAAAAGUCAACAGAAAUGUGUUUUUGUAACUUGAUAACGAUCCCAAAGUCCUCCUAAUUACUCGUCUGCGAGGAAGUGACAGUGCUGCUGAGGGCCGUCAGUUCCGUCUACAACAUUUAGCGAAAUAACGAUGUAUCAAAUUUUGGGGGUUUUUUUUAUUUAUUGUCGAAAAAAUUUUGAGAUUUUCGGAUUUUUGGAGUUCAAAAUCUCGGUGAAUUUUGGAGAGUGCGAGCUAAAAUUUUUAGUGUUAGAUUUAUAGGCUAUUUAGAAUGGGUGAGAGAAAUUUUAAGAAAAUUGAGCGAUUUUUUGGUUGAAAAAUUUUUGAAUUUUUCAUAUUUUUUCGAUCAAAAAAUCUCAAGAGGCUCUGCAACGCGUCAGCUAAAAUUUUUAGAGAUUAAUUUACGAGUUAUUUAGAAUCAGUGUAUAAAAUUUUGAGAUGAUUGAGCUGCUUUUUUAUUCAUAAAAUUGUUCACUUUUUGGGCAUUUUUCAACCAAAAAAUCUUCUGUAAAAAGCGGGCUAAAAUGUCGUAUAUGCCUUGCAAAAUUUUAAUCUUGACUUAUACUAAGCCUUAUUACACUUUGAUCGUCACAUUGACGAUAAAAAUAAAUUUUUUUCCUAUUCUGAUCCAACCCCCGUCUUAUAGAUUCGUAUGCCAUUUCCUGGACCCAAAUGUAUACAUAUUCCCACCGAAAUAUUUGUUUGUUGCGUAAGGACCCCACCACCGCUUUUAUUUACGUGGCUUACGUGGAAAUUUGAGAGCCAAAAGUUGCAAAACGACACCUCCCCUUCAAUUAUUUAUGUAAAUUUUCGAUGUGCGCGAGAUGUUUGUUCGAGUGGGGAGAGGGCGAAGGCGCGAAGAAUUUAAUUUACAAGAUUCGGAGAGCCAAAUGCGUAUUCUAAUUUUAGGAACGGGGUCGGAAAUUAGACUUCUUAAAAGACGAUUUUUGGCUCGCUGCGUCAGCGGUGGACAUAGGAAAAAAUCGAUUUUGAGUUUUUUGCAUAAAAAUGACCGUCGACAUGUGCUGAGGAAAAGCGAACAACAGUUUUUCUCAAUUCUGUCCGGAAGGCAUAAAUUUGCUUAAAUUUGUCUUUUUUGGAAUUUUCGACCUGGCGACGUCAUAGAAAGAGCAAAUCACCCAAAAUUUUGCUUGUAUACGUUUUCGACCAUUGGGAAUUGAUUUUUUUCAAAAUUAAGUCUCUCAGAUUACUGUAACAUAGGCAUAUUGUAAUCCGGUCGAUAAAAAUCGACCGUAACUCCUUCGUAUCAAAAAUCCCACAGGAUUUUAUUUCAGAUUCAGAAUCAGCAUAAAAUUCUGCAUAUUAUACACAUAAUGCGAGGUCAUAACUCCAGGGGGGAGAUCGCGUAGUAUAUUGGAUUUUGGCAAAAAGUACGUUUGAAAGGUCGCGGGUUCGAUCCCCGCUUGGUGCAAAUAUUGAAAACACGGCGGAAAUCGCGUUUAAUGGACACCCAAGGGUUACAUGAGAUACACUAAGCGAUUUUAAACAUUAAUGCAUAUCUAAUUGCGAUGAAAACUGAUUUUAUAUAAUUUUUGGAGACUGAAUAUGCAAAAAAUGAAACUGCUUCAAACCGCUUGAAAUUGGCAACACUUAUUCUAAGGUCAAUUGUAAGAAACUUUUGUGUUAACUUUUUUUGGCAGAGCGCCGUACCAUGGAUUACUGUAGCAUUAAACGUGUCCUGAUUAACUGCAAUUUUCUUCAAAAUUCUUGCAUAAAAUAUUAAAUCGUUUUAAUUAGUCGUUUUAGACAGCGAAAAGAUCCACUUUCUAUAUAUGAAAGAAAAUUCGACCUUAAUUGCAACGCGUCUUGAUGUCAUAAUCAAUUGGUGAAAGUGCGUCAAAUAACUCGGCCAUUCCAAACGGUACAGCCAUAAAAAUUUUUUUGUACACAAGAAAACCCUUUCUUAACCAUUCUGAGCACAAUGAUGACAAUCCGACUUCCAUGCGCCAUGUGGUACACGAAAAACCAAAUCAGGUUUAAUGUUGCAGUAAUCCAUGGUACGGUGAUCUACCAAAAAAAGUUAACGGAAAAGUUUCUUACAAUUGACCCUAGAAUAAGUGUUGCCAAUUUCAAGCGGUUUGAAGCAGUUUCAUUUUUUGCAUAUUCAGUCUCCAAAAAUUAUAUAAAAUCAGUUUUCAUCGCAAUUAGAUAUGCAUUAAUGUUUAAAAUCGCUUAGUGUAUCUCAUGUAACCCUUGGGUGUCCAUUAAACGCGAUUUCCGCCGUGUUUUCAAUAUUUGCACCAAGCGGGGAUCGAACCCGCGACCUUUCAAACGUACUUUUUGCCAAAAUCCAAUAUACUACGCGAUCUCCCCCCUGGAGUUAUGACCUCGCAUUAUGUGUAUAAUAUGCAGAAUUUUAUGCUGAUUCUGAAUCUGAAAUAAAAUCCUGUGGGAUUUUUGAUACGAAGGAGUUACGGUCGAUUUUUAUCGACCGGAUUACAAUAUGCCUAUGUUACAGUAAUCUGAGAGACUUAAUUUUGAAAAAAAUCAAUUCCCAAUGGUCGAAAACGUAUACAAGCAAAAUUUUGGGUGAUUUGCUUUUUCUAUGACGUCACCAGGUCGAAAGUUACAAAAAAGACAAAUUUAAGCAAAUUUAUGCCUUCCGGGCAGAAUUGGGAAAAACUGUUGUUCGCUUUUCCUUAGCACAUGUCGACGGUCAUUUUUAUGCAAAAAACUCAAAAUCGAUUUUUUCCUAUGUCCCGGGUCCAUUACGGGCUGACGCAGCGAGCCAAAAAUCGUCUUUUAAUUAGAAUAUACGAAAUUGGAGAGAAAAAUUUUAAAAAUUGACGAAAAACGAACUUUCCAGGAAAAAAUCGGUACUAAAAAGCUUCUAAAAUUGUGUCAUGAUUAUUGAUUUUCUGUUAUUUUUUAUUUUUGAGCCUUUUUUUUUACUUUUUCCGACCAAAAAUUUCAGUUUUUUUGAAUUUUUGUAAAGUCGAAAAAUUUGGACCAAGAAGAAAAGAUCGAACCCCUAAGGCGUUCGUCUUUUCCAUUCUUCUCCAUUCGCCCCUUUGGCCCUAAAAAAUCGAAAUUUUAAUCUUUUGAUUAUCGAUUUGUGAAAGGUCGCAAGAUCAAAAAAGUGGCCUUGGAAAUUAAUUUCUCGCCCUCUUAAUUUGAAGGUGUUCUGCACGCAACGCUUUUUCGAAGAAUUUGUUUGAUGAGUUAUGCACGUCAUGUGGCUCGGGUUUUGGUAAUUGAAUCCAAUGACGGCGGGGGUUUUUGCUGAUAUGAUAUUGUUGUAGGUCUUGAGGAAUUCUGAUACGGGAGAAAGGGCUCAUGUGGGCAGUUUUUGAUGGGAUUACUGUAAUAUUAUGAUCUAUGGACUCUAGAGGUUCGAUGUUGCUUAUAAGCUGGUUCGUGGGUUGAGUGGAAUACCAAGUUUUAUCCAUUUUUAUAUUAUUCAUGACCAAUGUCAUGGUUAAUAUAAAAAUUGCUGGUUUUCUUCGAAAAAAUGACAUUUAAGUGUUCUAAGUGGCUUGUGUAGCAUUAUUCUACAUCUAUGCGCAGUUUUAGACUAUUUCCGAUGCUUGCAACACAAUGCCAAAAAUUGCGGGAAAUUCGAAUUUUUGAACUGUUGCCCCCUUUAUGGCUCCAAAUUGCCAGAGAUCCCUCAAACUGCCCUUAUAAGCUCAUCUACUUUUAUUUUUUGUUUUCCACCCGUCUGUUUUUGACAUUUCAAUAUUAUCCAUGGCGCGUCGACAACAUCACUCGUUAAUCCCUCAUCACGCGAUUCCAGAACAUGAACUGAAACCCGAAAUGACAUUCUUCGGAUGUCAUAUGCACUUGUCCCUUUGUUUAUUCUCUUGACGAGCGCUCAUUUUGCAUUCAGCCCUCGGGUUCGAACGGGGGUUGUUACGGUAACGGUCGAUUAAACUCUGGUCGAUUAUCGGGGUUUGCCAGUGGGGGCCAAUUUGAAAUUAAGGUGUGCCGGGAAAAGGUGUGGCGUGGUUGGCCGGAUAGUAGCGAAAAUUUAAUUUAUUUCGGUUUCAAAAGGAGUAAUAGAGCAAAAAGGGAGAUUACCGUAUGCUUUUACUAAAAACUUUUUAUUUUUUGUAGUUUUACUGAGUGUAAAUUUUGUUUUUGUAUUCUGAUGAGUUUAUGUAGUCAAAAGGAGCGAGGUACGUCCGAUUUGGCCAAAUUUAAGUUCGAAAAUUUAAAUUUCCCGCCACUUUUGGCAUUCCGUUUUUUGACUGGAAAAUGGUUUAAAAUCGCCUAAAUUGUGUAUUAAUAGUAAUAAAUUGAUGUUUAAAAGACCCUAUGCUGAAAUCUACUUAAUUUUAUGACAUUUGUUAUAUUAUCCAUGACAUUUUUUUGCCCGGAAACCCAAUCAAACUUGAUCAUUUGGUUACACCACACACCAAAUAGCCUCCUACAAAUUCUAAAACAUGUUUUCGAUCGUUCGAAAUCAUUUCCAUGCCCUUUCCAGCAGCCGGAAACGUUGGUUUUCCUAUUUCGCCUGAGGGCAAAUGUCGGGGGAUUGCGUGAAUGGAUGGGCUGUUCAAACAGUCGUUGAUCAAAUAUUUUGGAAAUCCCAUUUUCCCUGCUCUGUCAACGACAGUGACGUCCGUAGAGGGUCUCUCCGAUUGGGAAUGAGGGGCUUUUUGUUUGGAAAAACAAAAAAUUUUAAUUCGGUCAAAGAAUUUUUAUUUUUUUUUUUUUUGAAACAAAACUGAUUGGGAGGGAGGUGAGGGAUUAGUGGAUUCGAGUGUGAUUUAGAUCCGGUUGUGAUUUUUGGAGUUUUUAUAAAAUUUCUAGAAAAGAUGUCAUGAUGACAUGUUUUAAUAUGUAAAAUACGAUGUUGGGAAUGGUUAAUUGUUCUGUUUUUAACCUUUAUGGAUAAGAUGAAAAUUUUUGAAGCGAUUUUUGCGAAAUUUCCAAAAAAUCCGUCAUCAUGACAUGGUUUAAUAUGUAAAAUACGAUGUCUAAAAUGGUCAGAAAUUAUGUUUUGAGCAUUGUGGAUUUCAUAAAAAAUUUUAAGGCGAUUUUUACAAAAUUUCCAAAAAAUCCGUCAUCAUGACAAUUUUUAAAACAUAAAAUACGGGCCUGGUAAAAUUAUGUGUCAUUGCUCCUGAAAAGCCGGAAAAAAAAAUUAUUUUCAAAAAGUCGGUGAUUGUGGCAUAACUUGUUGAGAUUUUUUGUAGAUCCGAAACACAUUUUUUAAUCCUGAACAAUUCCUGAUCUCUCAAAUAUUUAUAUUUUCGUUCGGUUUUGAAUAUUAAAGGGUUGUGUUAGGAUUAUCAAACAUUUCUGGGCCAGUUCAAAGGUCGGGAAGGUGGCUAAUCGGAAUAAAAAGAGGGUGGGGUGUAGACAAGUGUAAUGUUUUUAAUAAAGGAACCCAAAGGGAUCAAAUCGGGGAGGCACGUCAAUCCAGCGCAUUUCCUGAACCGUUUCGAAACUUCGUAUCGUUUUCAUUGGUUUUACAAGGAAAGUACUUUUAUGGGGGCUCCUACUUUUUGACGGGACAUAUCUCAAAAAAUCAGAAAAAAUGCGCUGAUCAAGGAUAUAUAAAUCUUAGCUGCCCAUUUUAGGUUUUUAAGGGUGAAAAUGCCCAAAAACUGGUUUAAUUUCCCUACAAAAGGCAGACAUUCGAAACGAUAAAAAGCGCAAUCGGUCUCUUCCUUCGGAAGAGAGCGGUGUGGCCGAGUGGUUAGUGCCGUAGUCUGGGAAUCAAGAGGGGGGACGCCGCACAGGUUCGAUUUCCCUUUUGGGCCGAGUCAACUUUUUUUGAAGUUGAAGGUCGGAAAAAUAAAUUUUUGGGCCAAGACUGUCUUAUUACGUCUUAGAAACUCAAUAAACACCAUUUUAAGCCAAAAUAAAAAUUGUAAACCUUUGAAAAAAUUAAGCGGAAAGGGGUUCAUAUAGGACUUUAAGUCAACUUCCGACUGAGUUUUCACCCCUAAAAACCUAAAAUGGGCAGCUAAGAUCUAUAUAUUCUUGAUCAGCACAUUUUUUCUGAUUUUUUGAGAUAUGUCCCGUCAAAAAGUAGGAGCCCCCAUAAAAGUACUUUCCUUGUUAAAAGAGGGACGAAAUGUCGCGAAAUUAUCGGCACUUUUUCUCGCCCGAAAUAAUUGCUUUUUCUCGAAAAGGAAGAAGAAAGAUAAGAAAAUGCGUUUUAUCGGAUAGUGACAUUUCGUUUUGACGAAUCACCAAAAAGGGGCGGGAAAUUUUUUCUUCUAUUUUGGAUUGACGUGGGAGGUUCCGUUCGAAAUAAACAAUCGAAUCGGGGCUUCGGCGCACACGGCGAUUCUUAAUCUUGGUCUGGCUUGUACGGGGAAUGAAAUUUUGUCAAAAGUUCAAGGCUAAUCUGUAUGUACAACAAAAAUGUGUUUUGUUGUUGAAAACAAUGGCUAUUUGAGGGCAAUUUUUUGUGUUUAAAAUACGUGGUCACCCCCGUGGUCCUCAUACUUUUUUUUCAAAAAUUUUCACCAUUUUUUUUGCGAAAAAUUGGAAAAAUUAAAAAAAUUUUUUUGAAGUCCCCUCUUGCCAUAAUUUUUUUGCAUGCCUAUAGAAUAUUCUAGAACAAAGUAGAAACAAUUUUAAACCCGAUAGUUCAAAAGGGCUGGGUUUUUGAACCCAUCUUUCACUUUUUAAACCAAUUUUUUUUGAAAAGUAAUCUUUUUUCCCCAAAACCGAACAAAAACCAAGUCAUUUUUCGUUGGAAAAACGAACUUAUUGGUUUAAAAAGUUGUGUAGAGGAAGCGAAAGUUUAGUUUUAAAAUUUUAGGAUCAUUUCCGGGUUACUGUAACAAAAAAUUUAAAAAAUUUUUUCUUGAAUUUUUAGACUUCAAAUUUUUUUUGAUAUUGUUUACGAGUAUUGGACUUUCUAAAAAUUCCAAAAUCCACAAAAAAAUUUUUUUUUGAGUCAUCCGUUUGUUUAUUAGUCCCAAAAAAUAAUUUCGAAUCCAAGUUUGGGCUGUUUACGAUCACUUUUUUGACUUGUUAUAUCGCAAUUUUUGUCGACAAAAUUAUUUGAUUUGUGAUCGUUCUGAUCGGGAAGUCGGAAUUUUUCGAUUUUGGUCGGCUAUUUGUUGAUAUUUGGUCUGAAAUUUUUUGGAGAUUUUUCGAAAUUUUUUGGUUGAGAUUUGUGAAAAAAGGGCUGGAUUUUGAUGAAGCUUGGAGAAAAUUUGGAAUGGAACUGUAUAAGACCUUUUUAGAGGUUUUUUAUCUCGCGUUUUGCAGAAAUUUUUUAGGAUUAUUAGGAAAGAAAUGGCGAAAAUUCGAACUUCUUUGUGAUAUUUUGGACUCAAAAAUUUACAUUUUUUUUGAUAUGUCUAGAACAAUAUUUCUACAUAAUAUUACUUUUUUCCUCCUGAAAUUCGCGAAGAUACCCCGAAAAAAUCAGUUUUCUCUAACCUCCUCUUCAUUCUCCAUAGUCUCUCUUUCGCAAAGGUUCCUCAUUUCCUUGGUUCUCCUUGCAUUAAUAAGUGUACCCUAUAGAAAAUUUAAUGGGAAUUUGGAAAAUAAUUAUUGAGAUUUUUUAUUUUUGAAAAUUUUAAAAUUUCCUGCUUUUUCCAACUUUUUUAAUAAAUUUUCCGUCUAUUUUCCCUCGUAUUGCAAUUUCUGGCAUCAGACACUUCCUCCUCCGUCUCCUUUCUUUCCACAUCUGAAAACAACAAAUUUGUUGACGUCAGUUUUAUUGAAGGGGGGAGAUAAAGUGCGCGAAAAUUUCCGGCCCUGAAAUGAUUAUUUAUUUGGCCCAUGAUGUCAUGCAAGCUUUUUCUGGGCAUUACGGUAUUAUAUAAAGGAAGAAAGGGGAUAAAAAUUAGUCAUCAAUUAGUUUAGACUCUAAUAUUUUAUGAUAAAACUGAAUUUUCGGUCAUAAAAAAAAUUCCAAAAAAUAUGUCAGCAUGACAUGUAUUUUUUUUUAUUUUUUGUUAUCUUUAACUUUAAAAUUACUGUAUAUUACUUUAUAACAUCAAAUUUUACAGCAAAACAAUUGAAAAAAUACGUCAGCAUGACUCAUUUUUUGUGAAUUUUUGUUUCGCUUUUAAUCUACAUAAUUACGCUGAAAAAGUUGGAAAACAAAAUUUUUUGCUAUUCUUGCGUCUUUCUUCGCUCCAACUUCCCGAGUUUUCCCGAAAUUCCGAAAACUUUCUCUGUUGAAAUUCCCCAUUUGCCUCGAGGCACAAACAGGAUGGACAUAAAAGCCGAAAGCAUGAUGUAAAUUUAGAAAGUUUGUUUGCUCUGGGAGGGAUGUGGAUCCGGGAGUUUUUGGGUUCGCAUUGUUUGUUACGGGAUAUCCAGGAAAUCCGUCAUGAUGACGUGCUUUUAAAUUUGAAGGCUUCAAUUUUUUUGAGUUGAAAUCAGAUUGUUCGGUGGUAGAGAUAAUGUGAAAAAUCUUCUGAGAGGAAAUUGUGUCAUCUCGACAGGUUUUUUUUAUUGAAGUUCCAGAAAAUCCGUCAGGAUGACAAAUUUUUAUUGAGAAAGUCCUGAUAUUUUCUCGUUGAAUAGGAAAUGUUUAAGUCGAAGAAUAGCUGAUAAAAAAUUUAGAGUUGAAAAUUACGUCAUCAUGACGUCUUUUUUUAGGAUUUUUCUAAAUUGCCCAUAUUUCCCAAAAUUUUUAUUUUCCUCCAUUUUUCCUAACUCCUAAAUUUUGCAAAGCCACUAAACGCAAGUCCAAAGUCGUAAAACCAUUCCAGCAUAAUGCACGCUACAGUACUUCUGCAGUUCCUUAACGUUUCCGACAUCUUUUCGUCCUUCCUCGUCUCCUCCACACGUUUUUUAAUAAAAUUCCGCGCUGCAAAGCGGGGGUCCAAAAAUAAAGCCCCUGAGGGCAAAGUGACAAAAAACGUCUAUUUUCGGGGCCGCCGUUCACGGGGACGUCAGUUUCACGGCGUUACAAAGAAGAGAGGAAAGGAGCAGUGAUUACAUUCGACCCAUUAAUUAUGUCAUUCUCUCCCCCUCAGGGCACAAAUUUGACUCCAAAAACUUUUGCAUUGUAUUUUUUAAGGCCCAUGGCGUCAUGAACAGCAACAAUUCAUGGGUCGUCAUGACAAAUACACCGCGUUUUUGGAGUUUUAUUGCAUUGUAUUAUACAUUCUAAUUAUGAUACGAUGCACAAACAAAUAUGUCAAACAGGUGAUAAGUGAUGUAUUUCAGUGAAUAAUUUAUGCGGUUUGACUCGGAUUUGAUUAUUUUUGGGCAUGUCCCAGAGCCAUGAUGACAUUUCCGGCUGUUUUCAAUAGUUAUGCAGUUUCUGUUGUUAUAGUGAUACUAAAGUAAUAUAUGCGGCUUUUUACGCUCAAAUUGCGUUUUUUACGCUAGAAUAGCACUGGAAAUACUGUAGUCGUACUUAUAGAGCAAUUGCGGAGCAAAGAAUUUUGUGAUUUCAUUUUAAUGUAAUCGAAAUUACAGUAAUUUUACGCUUAGAAACUUGUAGUUACAAUACUCGAGUAACGUCUAGAGUGCUUCAGAUGUAUUGAGAGGCCAUUUACAGCCUAUUUCUUACUUUAAUUUGGCUUAAAAAUGGGCAGUUUUGCCUUAGCGAAGUCUUCUUUUCUACAGUAUCCCUAUGGCAAAUUCCCUGCGAAAAUUUGAUAUUAGUGCGGUCUAAUAAACAGCUAGUGGACCCACAGCAAAGAUGACAGUACCCCAAUAGCAUUUACAAUUCCGUAAAUACGACUUUCCAUCCACUACCUACAGUACCCCAAAUCUUAGUUGCCCUGCCAAAAGCCGGCCCUCAAAUUUUUCAAAAUGGCUUUUGGCACUCUAAUUUGUUCACCGCACCCGUAUCCAGCGUUUGCAGGAAUCACGGUUUGAUUUAUGACCUAAAAUACGUGUACGUUUGCCAUCACGGGAUGUUUUCCGCUCCCCCGUCUCCUUUCCCUCUCACGCCCAUAAGCGUUCCCAACAAACAUGCUCUUAUCUACAAACAAAAGCCAGAAGGUCAACACCGUUUCCGGCGCUAAUAAUUGAUGGUCCGACAAUAAUUUAUGGUUUCGACAAUGAGAAAAUUUAAUAUGCAAAAAUUUUUGACAAAAAGAAGUGAUAAAAAUAAGUUUUUCGGUGAUAACUUUGUGCAUGAAUGCGAAGGCGGGCUGAAUUUUGGAAAUAGUAGUGUAUAUGAACUUAGGAUAGACUAGGAAGGGAGAUUUGCUGAAAACUUCAGCGGUGUUCAAGUUACAACGGCAUUAAAAAUGAGUAGCACCAAAAAUAAUAUCGCGGCCAUAACUUGGCCAAAAUUUGAGCCAUUGACUUUAAAUUUGGCACGUAGUACCUAAAUGUCUUUAGGGCACGGCCCACACACUUUGAAGCCUCUUACUCUACCCACAUUACCAUGGCAUCAUCAAUAUAUGUUGUAGAUGGGCAUGAAAGGAUAAUACAGUUGACCUUUUCGAAAUGCUAUGUGCUCUUUCAAAACAUGUUUAUAUUCUUUGUUUUUCUGCUGACAUACAAUUCUAAUUUGAAUACUUGCAAAAAUUUGCAUAUUUCCAGCAUAAUUUGCAUAUAUCCAAAUUUCGCUCAAAUUUUUUAUUUUCGCGAAAUUUCGCAAUCUUUGGCAGAUUUUUUGCCUUCUCCCUGGCUUCGCCGAAUCCCCACAUCCUCCAGGCAUAUUUAUUCGGAAGGCUCACGCAUUGCCCCCCUCUCUUUCUCUGGCCCCCAUCCGCGAACGCCGGCCCCUUUUCGGCAGUGUUCGCGAAAAAACAAGAAAAAAAUGUAGGCGUUCUCUUGUCGGGCGGCGAGCACGGCCCAUAAAGGGGCCGUGAGAUGUUGAGGGACCGCUGAUGACGUCCGAUGGCGUCAUGCUUUAGGAGUUGGGGGGAAAACAUUCGCCGUGUGUUUUCGGGCAUUUUCCGCCGCUUGCGGGGGGUUUUUGCGGCCCGUUUUCGACUGUUUCGCCGCUUACAGCGGGGUGCAAUCGGAUUGUGGAGGGAGAUUAUUGUAUAGGAUAGUGAGAUUUUACGGAGAUUUGGGAGAAAUGACACCACUUUUCGUGCAAUCUUAUAGUUGGUAUAAAAGCCGGAAAAUUUUCGAUUUUAAGGGAAAGUAAUGAUGGGAGGAGAUAUUUUCGCAAUAUAGAUGGUAUUUGGCUGUAUUGUUGAAUCCGUAUGGUCCUAUUUUAGACAAGGAAAUAAAGUUUAUCACGGGAUUGGGCCAAUUAUCGGAUUUUCUCCAGCUGAUGUCUAGAAUAAUAUUAUUUUUGAUUCGAAUUGCCCUUACUAUGAUGUGAUAUACGAUUCUACAGUCUUCUUAUGGCUUGUACUAUCCUAAUAAACUAUUUACACUCCAAGAAGUUUCAUUUUGAACCCUCUACCUGCCAUUUUCACCUGAUGUCUAGUACAAUAUAAUUCUUGUCCCGGAUUUUUUGUUAUUCUCGAAAACAAUGUCCAUCCACUUCUCGGAGCCCCAUACAGUCCUAUGAAGGCCGGAAGACCGGAAGAAAUUGGAUUUCCCCCCACCAAAUGACGUUUUCUCUCGUCUGGUGCAAGGGCAGGAAGUCGAGAGUGUGAAUUCCAAGUCACUUAUCCCCAAUCCCUGCCCGCAAAACUGCCCCCAACAGCUCAUAUUUGGGCUGAUGGUCACGUCAUGCGCGACGUCAGAUCCGGUCAUUUUGCAUCCUACUGUAUUGUUAUUUUUGCGCCCCUCUUCUCUGCCCGCUCUCCUCUUGCCGAGCGCUCCCUUCGGCGUCGCGAGGCCCUCGUUUUUCACGUGAUGUGUCCAUUAGAGAGAGAGAAAAGAAGUGGGUGGGGACUUUGUUGGGGGAGAUGGGGAAGAAGGAACACGCAUCUGAUGAAGUCUCUCUCUCUCUCUUGCUCUGGCUUCGAACGGAUUCAGAAGGCCGAGAUUUGGCGGCCGAUAUUCGCGGAGUCAUUUGCGAAUUUCCGCGAGUUAAUUCCCCUCCCCAUUCAGGAGGUGCGAAGUGUUUUGAGGGUGGCGAGGAUGACAUCGCGCUGUCGUAACCACUAUUUUCAACUUGUUUUUGGCACUUUUUAUGGCAUUUUUUAAAGGUUUUUGGCCCUUUUCGAAUGAAGGAUGACGCAAAAAUGAAGUUUACGUGGAAAAGGCGGACGUUAAAGGGUUUUUAUAGUGUUUCAAGGGGGUAGAACGGUAGAAGGAGUGUUUUGAAAAGUCUAAAUUUUUUUUGAGUUAUAGGUCUCAGAUGUUUUGCUGUUUUUUUGAGGUUUUUGGACUUUUUUGAGGGGAAAAGGGCAAAAUUGAAGAUUACUGUAGCGAAAAUAGUUUUUAAUGAGUUUUUGUGUUAUUUUUCCUAAUUUUUGAGGCUUUGGGGAUCUGAGGGGGGUUGUGAAAAAAGCUAUGGCAAGGGGGGACCAAAAAAUUUUUUGAUGUUUUUUGGUGUUUUUGUUACAUUUUUUGAUAGACUUUAUCCCUACAAAAAUUUUUCUUGGUAAACAGAUUUUUUGUGGACAAAUUAUACGAUGAAACGUGCCUUAUUUAAAAAUUCCGUCUGCCUCUCCGAAAUAAUACGUUUUUUUCAAUUUUUGUACUUUAAUAUACAUAUUUUUUACUACUCAAAUUACUAUGCUAAUCUCUGUCCGUGUUACGAAAAAACAAAAACCAGACAUUGCAUCAGUUUGCUAUUUAAAAUCGAAAUUCUGUUAGAUUUGCAUUUUGAUGUGAAUUUCAUUUUUUUUGUAAACAAUUCAAAAAAAUUGUUGAGACAAAAAAAAACAAAAAUCGAUAAAUGAUCUUUAUUACGAUUUUUUUAUCGAAUAUUUGCAUAAUUUGAAAUUUUUGUCGGAAAAAAAACUUAAUUAACUGAUAAGGCCCACUUAAUAGUCUUGUUUAUGAAGGGAGAGGCCGACACAGCGGGAUUAACCUCUCAUUUGUUAUUUCAAGAGAAGUUAUCAACAAGUUUUUGGUGAUUUUCCUCGUGUUUUUGAAAUUUUCUUUUAUCAUUUUGGCCAAAAAUUAAUUUUUCGGACCAGAAAUUGGAUUUUCCAACUUUCUCCUCCCCAUAACGCGAUUAUUUUUGCAUAAUGCGAUCUGAAAUUUUUACCCAUGCCUUGGAAAAUGUGGAUUUACAAUUCCUAAAAGUUUUGUGAAAUUUGGAAAACUUUUUUUUGUCAUCAAUUUUUGAGAUUUUUUAAAAAUAAAAUUAAAAAUUUUUUUUUUUGAUUUUUUAAAAUUACUUCCAAAUUUUUCUUUCAAAACUCUUACUCGUCACUUGCAAUAAUAAUUUGCCCUCAGUUGUAAGAUUACUCCGUAAUUUUAAUACAAUUUGACGUCAAUUGUAGGUAGUAAUUACAAUUUUUGGAAGUAAAGAAACAGCGAAAAUGGUUGUAAAUAGUUUCUUGUGUAGUUUCCGAGUGGUUGGUAAUGUUUUUUAAAAUUUUUCAGAUGAUUUUUAUAUCCGAUACUGCUUAAUUUUACAUUGUAAAAAAAAUUUCAGGAUUUCAAAAAAAACUUUUUUAAUUUAUUUUUUUUUAAUUUUUUAACGCUUACUAAUACGCUUGAUUUUGAGUUUAUUCGAGAUUUCAAAGGGAUAAAAUAUUUUUUAAAAAUUUUUUUUUUUAAUUUUUAAGAUUAAUUUUUUGGAUUUUUCAGAACUAUUCAAACUCGAACAGUGCGAUUAGUUCCAAGAUGAGACCCACCGAUUGUUGUGCCAGUCCCACUACCACACCCACUACGCCCUCUUCGUCCGGUUCGGCUUUCAUGGAACUCAACAACCGACAAGUAAGUCGAAAAUCGAAAAAAUUUUAAAAAAUAAAAAUAAAAUUUUCUAGAAUCUUGGUGAAAUUUACAAAAAUUAGAGAUUGCAAGUUUGUAAUAUUUUUUGGAAAAUUUCAGACCGCGUUAAGCAGAAAUUUCGAGAAUUUUUGGUCGAAAAAUCAAAAAAUUUUAUUUUUAUUCGACCCGGAUUUUCAUAAAACUUUAAAUUUUUUGCGAUAUAUGAUUCUCUUAGCAUCAAUAGAAAAUUCUAUACCGCGCUAUGCAGAAAUAAUAGGAAUAAUCCAAAUUUUUUCGCUGAAAUUUUUUUUGGUCCGAAUUUUUUUGGGAACGUUCCUAUCGAAGAUAGUAAGAAACUAUAGAGAUGAUAAGCCAUUUCCCCUAUUUUUAAUCCCCAUACAAGUUCAUACAGUACUGCGUCAUAUGAUCGGGCCAAUCCCAAAAAAUUUACUAAUGAAAUUUUCGAUUUUUUUGGCUUAUCAUAAGCCGUUUGAUCGGAAGUUUUGCAAUUGCGAAAACAAAGUAUUCCACUGAUACUAAAGAUUGGUGGGUUUGAAAGGAUUUUGACAAGGAAAGUACUUUUAUGGGGGCUCCUACUUUUUGACGGGACAUAUCUCAAAAAAUCAGAAAAAAUAUGCUGAUCAAGGAUAUAUAAAUCUUAGCUGCCCAUUUUAGGGUUUUAGGGGUGAAAACUCAAUCGGAAGUUGACUUAAAGUCCUAUACGAACCCCUUUUCGGCUAAUUUUUCACGGGUUUACAAUUUUUAUUUCGGCUUAAAAUGAUGUUUAUUGAGUUCCUAAGACGUAAUAAAUCAGUCUUGGCCCAAAAAUUUAUUUUUCCGACCUUCAACUUCAAAAAAAGUUGAUUCAGCCCAAAAGGGAAAUCGAACCCGUGCGGCGUCCUCCGUCUUGAUUCCCAGACUACGGCACUAACCACUCGGCCACACCGCUCUCUUCCGAAGGAAGAGACCGACUGCGCUUUUUAUCGUUUCGAAUGCAUGCGCCUUUUGUAGGGAAAUUGAGCCAGUUUUUGGGCAUUUUCACCCCUAAAAGCCCAAAAUGGGCAGCUAAGAUUUAUAUAUCCUUGAUCAGCACAUUUUUUCUGAUUUUUUGAGGUAUGUCCCGUCAAAAAGUAGGAGCCCCCAUAAAAGUACUUUCCUUGUGAGAUCAAAGAUAGCAAUAAUUUUGAAAAAAAAAAUUCGAAAAUAAAAAUUUUUUUGAUUUAGCGUUUGAUAAUUUUAUGGUCGAUUACUGACGAGGUAUUUGAUCUUUCUACAAAAAAUCAAUUUUUUCCGAGCGAAAAUCCGAAAGUUAUAGGCAAAGAAAGGUUUCUGUCUGGCCACUCUCCUCAUUUUUCGUGCUCUCUCGAAAAAAAGAUUGUUGAAUAUCUCGAGUCUCUAUGCAAUUUGUGAGCUGAAAUUUUUAGGGAUUGGUCUAUAUACCAUGUAUACUGUGUACAAAAAAUUUGAGGAAAAUCGAAGAUAUCAAAAAUUUUUGAAAAAAUUGGGUCAAAAAUUAGCCAAAAAAUGGCGAAAAUUUCGAUUUUUCUUCAGAAAAAAUCAAUUUGACCAACCAAUUUUUGCAGGUUGAGCGACUCCGCACCGUGCUCACCGAAGAGGUGGAGAUCCACGGCAAAGAGAACUUCCCCACACUCCGCAUCACCCUCCACAAACUCAUCUCGCACGUGCGCCGAAAACUGCUCGACCGCCAGCUGGCCCUGAAACACGUCAAGCUGAACGGCGGCGCCGCCUCGUACGUGCUGAGCAUGGACGAGUUCGUCUACAGUGAUCUCGACCUCAUCUUCCCCAUCGACUUGAGUCAGGAGGGCGACUUUGACAAGGUGCGCUGCGCCGUUUUUGAUGCGCUAAUCGAGCUGAUGCCCGCCUCCACGAACAAACAGAUGAUGUGUGUGGACACGUUGAAGGACAUUUACAUCCGGAAGAUGGUCAAGGUUUCGGAUGGAGACCGAUGGAGCUUGUUUUCGCUUCACAAUAACUACGGCAGGCAAGUGUAAUAUAAACUGUUGAUUUUUUUUACUGUAAAAGUCAUCAAAAACAAAAUUUUUAGACUUUUUAUCAUCCAUUUUUUGGUCAAAUUGAAAUUUUGAAAGAAAAAAAAAUUUUUGAAAUUUCCAAAAAAUCCGUCAUCGGAUGACGUAAAAUGAAGUUAUACUGUAAUUUUUAGACUGAGAUUUUUUUAUUGGAGUCUGUAGAGUGACUAAAGAAUAAUUAUCAAAAGAAAAUUUUGAAAUUUUAACUUUUAAAGAUGUCAUCAUGACAGAUUUUUUGGAAAUUCUCUAAUUCUCUAAAUUGUCGGAUUUGGAGCGGAAAUGAGGGGAUUGAAAACUUUGAGGGGUUUACAUUGAUUUUAGUAAUUUUAAGUAAUGUACAACUGUAAUUUUUCGGAAAUUUGAGAUUAUUUUGAUCUCCACCUCAUGGAUAAUAUAAAACAAUAUAAUAAUUCGCCCAAUUUCAGGUGUAUUGAGCUGAAAUUCGUGGACAAAAUGCGCCGCCAGUUCGAAUUCAGCGUCGACUCCUUCCAAAUCACGCUGGACAGUGUGCUGGACGCGGCCGAGCAGAACCAGCUGGAAGAGAAAAAACUCCCCAAAUCCCUUGUUGUCCCCGCCGAGUCCAUGUUCGGCAACUUCCACGCCGCCCAACAGCACCUCCAGAAACGCCUGAUCGACACCCGGAAUCCGGAGGAGAUCCGCGGCGGCGGCCUGCUCAAGUAUUGUCAUCUGUUGUGCAAGGGCUACACGGCCACGCAAAACUGCCGAGAGAUGGAAAAAUACAUGUGCUCGAGGUUCUUCAUCGACUUCAGCGACAUCAACAUGCAAGAAAUCAAACUCAGGCAGUAUUUGGACAACCAUUUUGGAACAGAGGACGAGGUAAGAGCAAGUUUUUCGAAAUUUGCCUAUUAAUGUCUAGUAUAAUAUAAAAUUUGAUUGGAAAAUUGCAAAAAAUAUUAAAAUUAGUUUUAUGAAUACAAACUACAAUCUUUAUAACAUCAUAUUUCAAGAGUUUCAGAUUUUUUCAUCGAUUUUUUUGAGGAAAAAUUUGGUUUUCGAAAUUUGCCUAUUAAUGUCUAGUAUAAUAUAAAUUUUGAUUGGAAAAUUGCAAAAAAUAUUGAAAAUAGUUUUUUCAAUAGAAACUACAAUCUUUAUAGCAUCGUAUAUUAGAGUUUCAAAUUUUUUUGACCGAUUUUUUUAGCGAAAAAAUUGAAAAUUUCCGAAAAAUCCCUAUUUUGAUGACUAAAAUGAUGUCAAAAGCAUCAAAAAUGCCUAAAAAAAUUUUUUUAUUUUUUCGGAAAAAUAAACAGACUUGUUUGCAUUUCUUUUGCAGUAGCAUCGUAUUCUUUUUUCGCGCCGAAAAAAGCUUAUUAAUUAAAGAUUUUUUGGGCCGGAAAAACAGUUGUGCCGAAAACAAGGAUUACUGUAGUUUUUGGAAGGAAAUCCUUCUAUAGGCUCGAUUUCACCCCCCGGCACACUGCUUUUUGUACUUUUUCGCUAAAUAUAAACGACUUCCUUGUAUUCGUUUUCGAUCCCAAAAUGACAUCAUUUGGGCCGCGAAAAGAAUGUUGAAAACAAUUUUUUGGACAGCCAAGGGAAUUCCAAAUUAACUGCCUUGAGGGCCUCAAAGCUCAUGGGACUUUGGGAAAUCCGGAGUUUCCUCGGAUUGAGCCGGAAUUUUAGAAUUUUAUAUUGAUUUAGAUUAAAAUUUAAUUUUUUUGAACUUUUUUUUCAAAAUUUGAUGUUUUUAUUUUCAGCAAAAAUUCCAAUACCUGCAAAUCCUGAACCGAGUCAUCAAAGAGUCCACGGUCUGCCUGAUGGGCCACGAACGCCGCUCCACACAAGCCAUGAUCGAGAGGUUACGACAACAGAUCAGCUAUAGCUGCUUUUAUCAGGGCCAGGACGGCGGCUACUACGAGCACACACCACGCCAAGUACUCCUCUAUCUUCCACAGAACUCGAAUCACUGGAUCCGAGUGGUUUGA